GACAAGUGAAAGCGUUAUUGAAGAUAAGUUCCUAUGCUGGAUUCCAGGCGACAUGGACAGCUGUGAGUUCAGGCGCUCUCGAUUGCGUUCAUAAAAGCAAGCUGGACCCUCGUCCACUCAUAGGCCACAAGUCGGUGAGAGACGUCCUGGUCAUGAACUGAGCCGAGAGGAGAUUAUGCAACCCUUUACCCAAAUCUGCUCUUCGUUCAUACUUGAUUUGAAGAGCGUUCCGGCCCAAGGCAAUAUUGAAGCAUAUUUAUUGUACAUGGUGUCGCAAUCAUCAUCAGGCUGAUCUAGCUUCAACCACUGUCGCGAACGAGGAGAUGCGCAAGCUAGAGCCGGAGAAGAUCAUCGUGCAUGUGGGGAGAAGGAAACUCUCUCUGUCUUAUGAAGAUUUGAUCAUACCUAAGCUCCAUGCUGAGAACGUCAAUUUGCAUAUGUUCAUGAAGUUUUCGAUGCGAGCUAGUGUCAAUCCAACUGAUGCUCCAGUGGGAUUCAGCAGGCCAUGCACACAGAAUAUGACGCUCGUGGACUCGAACUUUGUGGCUUGUAACUAAAGACUUGAGUAUGUUGAUUCCGUUCAGUGAAGUGCCCAGAAGAUGUCGAAGAGUCACUCCUCGACUCUCGAGUUCUUAUGCUUGGGCCAGGAGAAAAUUACUUAAUGUACUCAUACGAAACACAAAACAUUUGCUAGGACCC